UACACUAAAUGCUGAGAUGCUUUUUUACACUAUUUACUCUACACGGUGGUAACUUCGGAAGCCGCUGUUGGGCCGAGAGAAGGUCGUCCGGAUGCUACAAAAAUGGAGAGUGUGAGUGUGUGGCCUCGCCUGGAGCCAUUCCUUCUUGCUGUGCUGCAGGCUGCUCCUCCGAGCAAACUAAGCAUGCAUUAUCUACGUAAGAUGGCUUGCUAUGUGCGCACCCGUGAGGGCUGUUUUCCCCACCUAGGCUGGCAUAUGUGGAGGCACAUUGCCUGUGGCAAGUUGCAGUUGCCUGAGGAGUUGGCAUGGCUUUACUUUGAGACCUUCAACCUGUUGGUGCAGCGCUCUGCUGAGGAGAAACUAGAAUGGGCUGAAGCUCUUUCUCAGAGACAGACCCCACGGGAUCUUGACCGGCAACGCAGCAAGCUAUCUCUGGACACGUUGCAGUUCCUGCUCUUUCUUUACCUACAGCAGUUGAACCGCGUCUCUCUGCGAACAUCACUGAUCGGUGAAGAGUGGCCGAGCCCGCGUUCUCACUCACCAUCUACCUCCUCAGAGAGAGAGGCUAAGAGCAGCACCCAAAACAAGAAUUGGGAUGACCAGGCACACCUUACCUUUGUGCAGACCCACCUGGUUGAGAUGCUUGAGCUGCUGGCAGAGCCAGGUGAGCCAAGUGGGUCGGAUCAGACUGUGCGGGACAGCCAGAUCUCAGGGGAUGCCCUGCAGGCUCUAAGCCUGCUUUUAGAAGGUUCAGUAAACCAUGGUGGCUAUGUUCACGCUUUCCAUCGUCUGAUGAGCCGUUCACCACUUCAAAGCCAAGCUGGAUACUCCAAACUCAGCCGCAGCUACUCACUGAAACGUCUGCACAGCUGGCUGUGCCAAAUGCUCACGCUUAACCCAUUUGGUAUGUUCAACUGUCUGCGCUCGGGCAAGAAGCUGGCAUGGACCCUGCAAGUGGAGGGUGCCAUGAAGAGAGCCAAGAUAGCCGGGAACACGCAUAUGGCCCCUGUUGGCAGCCGAGUGUUGGUAAUGUCUCAGGUUUACAAACAGACUCUGGCCAAAGACUCAGAGAAGCUAGUCGGCACCAACGUCAAACUGCACAGGUGCAGUGAGUCAUAUAUCUACCUGCUCUCCCCUCUCAGGUCAGUAACACUGGAUAAAUGCCGUGACAGCACAGUAGUUUUGGGCCCGGUAGAGACCAGUGUGCAUGUACAGAGCUGUGAAAACAUCAGGCUGGUGUGUGUGGCCGGCCGACUUGUGGUGGGCAGCUCUACCUGCUGUACCAUUCACGUUCUCACCCCUACUCGUCCUCUUCUUCUGCCUGGCAAUACCAAUCUCACACUAGGCCCCUUUCACACGCAUUACCCCAGUCUGGAGGACCAUAUGGCCAGCGUGGGUCUAGCUGUUGUGCCAAACCUCUGGGAUCAGCCAUUGAUGUUUGCGCCAGAUAGUCCCGCAUCAGACCCAGGCUGCUACUGCAUCUUGCCCCCUGACCUGCUUUGCCCAAUGGUUGUCCCAUUUGUAAUGGAGGGGGAUACCUGUGAAGUGCCAGGAGGACUGCCAAUAUCAUACCAGCAGGCACUGGGGGCUCGUCAGCAGAGAGUUCACAACUGGCAGAAGAUGGUGAAGGAUGCACACUUUAACAAGGAGCAACGGCGGCAAUUACAGGCUGUGGUGGAGCAGAAGUUCCAUGAGUGGUUGGUGGAGACGGGACAGAGACAAGAGCUGGACAGUCUUCUACCACCAACACUUACACCUUCCAACCUCACACAGCGGUCAAACAUUAUUGAUUCCAACCACGUUGCUGAACAUUCCCAGCAUUACACAGCAAAAGCCCCCACGCCCACUGUCUGUUGAACCCCUGCACCAUAAUGGACACUUUAUGAUGCUCUGUGUGGUUUGCAUCUGCCUAAUGUUUGUCCCUAGAUUAUGCUGAAGAUUUCCCUCUGCCUGGCAUGCUUGGCAUCCUCAGAUUUAGAACUGAUUCCAGAUCAGCACUUUGUGUACAGAAAAAAAAAUGUAGUAACUGCUGUUGCACAGCACAAAACACACUUGAUAAGUUGAGAUGCAAUGUCUACUUUUGUUGUAUUUGCUGAAUUUUGAUAGAGCAGGCGUGCACAACAAGGACCAAGCCCAGAAAAGUUUGGUAUUAUCUUUGUUCAAACACUCUUAAUUUAACUUAUCAGUAAGUUAAAGGGUUUAGUAAAUACUUGAGCAGAAAAAUCACCAAACUUUGCUGAACUCUGGCCCUUUGUGUACCCAUGUGUUAGAAAAAUAGAUGCUGGAAAUGUAGCUGUAAAAAGGUGUGACAUAUAUUUUUUUCUGCUGAGAUUCAAGAUGUAGUACCUUUCAGUAAACAUGUUGGACAUUUUACAGUUAUUUAAUAGUAUUUACAUUUACAGCAUUUAGCAGAUGUUUUCAUCCAAAGCGACUUUGUAAUCUACAGUGUAAGCAAUUUAAGAUAAAUGGCCUUGCUCUGUGGCACAACAGUGAACACCUGGCAGUGCUUGAGCUAUGACUGCCCACUUGAGCAUCACAAUCCACACAAAAAAGAUGGUAGUUAAAGUGCUGCAGCAUUAAUGAAUUGGGAAGCAUAAGUUGGUGCUCUAUGCAGUCUACACUGCAGUAGAUCUUUUUAGUAAAUUAAUAUUAGAGAUGUUUGUAUUAAUAUCAAGUCCUGUUGUAUAGGUCCAGUGUUGAGCUGGAUCAACGUAUGCUGGAUCAGUGUCAGAUCUGAUUUGACUGUUUACUAGGGUUAUAAUGAUGCUCACUAAUAUUUGAUGUUUUCUAUGCAAUGGUUUUAAUACAAUACACUGUGUUAAUUAAAUAAAAUUUUAGGACCCUGUGAUUUCUGAACCUAAACACCAAAAGAGUUUAAAAUAUAAAAACUAAUUUUAGAUAUUGGUGGCUUCUUGUCCUGAAACUUAAAAUUAUGUAUUGGUUGGGUUUACUAUCUAUUGUCUUAUGCUAGUCCACCACUGCUGAGUUCUGGGAUCAAAUCAGCUGGCUGGGCAUCUACACAGACAUGAUUGGCUUUGUUUUGGGGGGGUUAAAGUCCUGCAAUAGAUUAAAGCCCUGUUGAGACUAUUUCUGCGUUGCACUCAGUGUUUUCCGGUAAAACCUGACCUGCUGCAAGUUGAUGAAAGUAAAAUCUGUUUUUCCACUAAUCCACUGAUCUUUGACUUAUGCAUAAGAGACACAAGUGUGAUAUCUGUGGUAUGUUACAGAGAUUCAGUACAGUUGCUCUAAGAUUAGCAUUGGUAUUGGCUAAUACUUCAAGCCCUGAUAUAGGGAUAGGAUAAUUAAUUUGCACUAAAUGUAAAGUACAUUGUGUUACAUUUUCUAAAAAAAAAAAGUUUUAUAGUUUUAUAGAACAAAUAC